CAUGCUCGUAGCGGGGGCGGCGCCCUCGGCAGCUGCCCGGCCCCGAAGCCCCGGCCCGGCCCGGGGGGCGCCGCUCAGCCGCUGCCAGGCGGGGCGGGAGGGUCCCACGCACCUGUCCCGGGUUCGGGGCCGGGGAGCGGGGCCGGCAGCAUGCGGGGAGCGCCGGGCGCCUGGCUCUGCUGCCUCGGCCUCCAGCUCCUGGCGGGCGCCGCCUUCAACCUGGACGGGACCGACCCGCUGCUGAAGGACGGGGCCGGCGGCAGCUUGUUCGGCUUCUCCGUGGCCCUGCACCGGCAGCUCCGGCCCGAGCCCGCCAGCUGGAUGCUGGUGGGUGCCCCGCAGGCGCCGGCCCUCCCAGGCCAGAAGGCAAACCGGACCGGCGGCCUCUACGCCUGCCCCCUGACAGGCGAGACGGACGACUGCUGGCGCGUGCCCAUCGACGAGGGAGUGGACCUGCGCAAGGAGAGCAAGGAGAACCAGUGGCUGGGCGUCACCGUGAAGAGCCAAGGUGCCGGCGGCAAGAUCGUGACCUGCGCCCACCUCUACGAGUCGCGGAACCGGGUGAACCAGCCGCUGGAGACGCGGGACGUCAUCGGGCGCUGCUACGUGCUGAGCCAGGACCUGACGGUGAGCGAGGAGCUGGACGGGGGCGAGUGGAAGUUCUGCGAGGGGCGUCCCCAGGGCCACGACCGCUUCGGCUUCUGCCAGCAGGGGGUGUCGGCCGGCUUCACCGCAGACAACCACUACAUCCUCUUCGGGGCGCCCGGCACCUACAACUGGAAGGGGGACCUGCGCGUGGAGCUCCUUAGCCAGAGCUCCCUGGAGCCGGGUACCUACGACGACGGGCCCUACGAAGCCGGGGGGGAGAAGGACCAGGACCCCUCCCUCAUCCCCGUGCCCGCCAACAGCUACUUCGGUCUGUUGUUUAUGACCAAUGUUCAUAGCGCAGACCCCGACCAGCUGGUGUAUAAAACGGCCGAGCCCGGCGAGCGGCUGCCCGGCACCGUCGGCGACGUGGCCCAGAAUAGCAACCUAGGCUUCUCCGUCGACUCGGGGAAGGGCCUGACUCGGCAGGGCCAGCUCAGCUUCGUCACAGGGGCACCGCGGGCCAACCACACCGGGGCCGUGGUGAUCCUGCGACGGGACAACGUCAACCGCCUGGUGCCCGAGGUCAUCCUGCCCGGGGAGCAGCUCAGCUCCUCCUUCGGCUACGCCGUGGCCGUGCUGGAUCUGAACAGCGACGGCUGGAUGGACCUGGUGGUGGGGGCGCCCCACUUCUUCGAUCGGCAGGAGGAGAUCGGCGGGGCAGCCUACGUGUACAUCAACCAGGCGGGGCGCUGGGCGGACCCCCGCCCCGUCCGCCUCAACGGCACCUCCCACUCCAUGUUCGGCAUCGGCCUCGCCGCCCUCGGCGACCUCAACCAGGACGGCUUCCAGGACAUCGCCGUGGGAGCCCCCUUUGAUGGAGCCGGCAAGGUCUUUAUCUACCACGGCAGCAGCCUGGGCAUCGUCACCAAACCGGCCCAGGUCCUGGACGGGGAAGGCGUCGGGGUGAGGACCUUCGGCUACGCCCUGUCCGGGGGCCUGGACGUGGACGGGAAUCUCUACCCGGACCUGCUCGUUGGCACGCUCUCAGACAGCGUGGUGCUGUACAGAGCCCGGCCUGUCAUCCACGUCUCCAAGAACGUCUCCCUCUCCCCCCAGAACAUCGACCUGGAGAGCAGGAACUGCCCUCGCCACCUGGGCAUCUGCGUGGAAGUACGAGCCUGCUUCAGCUACACGGCCAGUCCUGCCAGCUACAGCCCCCGCGUCACACUCGCGUACACCUUGGACGCUGACGUGGACCGGCAGAAGCUGGGCCAGGCCCCCAGAGUCGCCUUCCUGGACCGGAAGCCCACGGACCCCGAACACCAGUUCUCGGACGUGGUGGAGCUGCCCCACCAGCGCGCCCCCGCCUGCGUCAAGGCCACCUUCCAGCUGCAGGACAGCAUCCGGGACAAGCUCCGCCCCAUCGUGGUGGUGCUGACGUACAGCAUCGAGCACGCCCGGAGCAAGCGCCAGGCCCAGGCUGCCGCCCUGCCCCCGCUGAUGCCCGUGCUCAACGCCCAGCUGCCCAGCAGCCAGAGGGCAGAGGUGAAUUUUUUGAAGCAGGGCUGCGGGGACGACAAGAUCUGCCAGAGCAACCUCCAGCUGCGCUACCAGUUCUGCUCCCGCGUGGGCGACGCCGACUUCCUGCCCCUGCCCAGGGGCGCCGAUGGCACGGCCGUCUUCGCCAUGAGCGACCAGAAGGACGUGGCCUUGGAGAUCCAGGUCACCAACCUGCCCUCGGACCCAGCGGCGCCGCAGCGGGACGGGGACGACGCCCACGAGGCCCUGCUCACGGCCACCUUCCCCGAGGCCCUGCCCUACUCCGGGGUCCGGGCCCAUGAGGCGUGGGCCGGGCCCGGCCUGGAGAAGCAGCCCUGCCUGCCCAACCUGAACGGCUCGCAAGUGCAGUGUGAGCUGGGGAACCCCAUGAAGCGCGGAGCUCAGGUGCGGUUUUAUCUCAUCGUCAGCACCUCGGGCAUCACCAUCGAGACCCAGGAGCUGGAGCUGGAGCUGGAGCUGAGCACGAUCAGUGAGCAGCCGGGGCUGCGGCCUGUGAUGGCGCGAGCACGUGUGGUCAUUGAGCUGCCCCUGUCCAUCACGGGCGUGGCCGUCCCGCGGCGGCUGUUUUUUGGCGGCCAGGUACGGGGCGAGAGCGCCAUUCGCACCGAGGGCCAGGUGGGCAGCGCCGUGCGCUACGAGGUGACGGUCUCCAACCGGGGCCAGUCGCUCAACACCCUGGGCUCGGCCUUCCUCAACCUGCUGUGGCCCCACGAGCUCGCCAACGGCAAGUGGCUGCUCUACCCGCUGCGGCUGGAGCUGGCGGCCCGGCCCGGGCAGCGCGUGUCCUGCAGCCCGGCGGCCAACCCCCUGCGGCUGGCACUGGAGAGCCACGGGCAGGACAGGAGCAGGAGGGAGGCCGAGCGCCCGGAGGUGCCCAGCACGGGGCCCUGGUGGCACCGUGCCCACGCUGAGAGGAGGAACGUCACGUUGGACUGCGCCCGGGGCACCGCCCGCUGCCUCGUCUUCCGGUGCCCGCUCCACAGCUUCGAGCGCUCGGCCGUGCUCACGGCCUGGGGGCGCCUGUGGAACAGCACCUUCCUGGAGGAGUACCCGGCCGUGACCUCCAUGGAACUGCUCGUCCGCGCCAACAUCACCGUCAAAUCCACCAUCCAGAACCUGGUGCUGAAGGAUGCUGCCACGCAGAUCCCCGUCACCGUCUACCUGGACCCGAGCGCGGUGGUGGCCCGGGGCGUCCCCUGGUGGAUCAUCCUGACCGCGGUGCUGGCCGGGGUGCUGGUGCUGGGGCUGCUGGUCUCCGUCCUGUGGAAGGUGGGCUUCUUCGAGCGCCCCCGGCACCAGCAGGCCGCGGUGCCGCAGUACCACGCCAUCAGGAUCCCGUGGGAGGAGCGCCAGCUCUGCCGCGAGGAGAAGACGGGCACCAUCCAGAAGAAGGAGUGGGUGACAAACUGGAGCGAGGGCAGCGACGACCACGUGCCCAUCUCGGGCUAGGCACCCGCCGACCCACGCGGGAUCCCACUGGCCGGCGCUGGCUCAGACCUCGGGGGGGGGGGGGUCUCUGGGGAGCACGCAGAGUCGGGGUGACUCCGCCGCGGUGGCCGGGGGCUGCUCUGCCAGGCGGCUGCGGCAGGAGAGGCGGCUGCCGGACUCCGGACAGGAGAUGUGGGACCUGCCCCCAGGACAAGGGCGUGUCGCGCUGCCCCCUGCUGGCUGGGGCCGGAGCUGCUCAAGUCUGUCCAACCCCGCUGCUCUGGGGGAUCCCAGCCCCACGGGGCCCCAGACUGCUUCAGGUGGUAAAGCAAAGUACAGGGGGCUGACUCCGCCCCCUUGUGCAGUGACUCCGCCCCUUUGUGCAGUGUAUCCGCCCCCUUGUGCUGUGACCCCGCUUUUCUCCCAGCAGACCCUGCCCCCUACCCCAGGCCCCCCCGUGUGACUGACUCCAUGGUCCGGCUGAGGGGCUGCUGGCCCCUCCGGCUGGGGGUCUCUGUUUAUUGUUAUUAAAGGGACACUGUUGGGAGAACAAUGGCGUAUCGCCCAUGUCUGCCCCCCCUCCACCGCGCUUUGCCCCACAAGGGCGCCCCCCCCAAACCAGGCGGUCACCAUGGCGACCAGCGUGGCGCAUUCCUGGAAGUCGAGCCGGAGGUCGCCCUUGGGGUCCAGGGUCUCGGGGUCGCAGAUCUCCUGCAGCCCUGGGAGAGGGAGUUUAUGGGCCCCGGGUCUUUCCCCUCAAGGGGGUGCUGGCUUGGGGGGCAAGGAAUGAGGCCCACUUCCCCAGUGGGCCACUCUCAGCCCAGGGGCCCUGCCAGGCAGCCCGGGGGCCGGGAAGCCAGCUCCAUCAGCUGCCCCCAGCCACUCCCUGCCCCGUUGGCACCUGUGCCAGGCCGGGUGCCCCUCGGCGUGGCUGGCGCUCACCUGGCUGACCAGCCAGAGUAGGUGUGGAGCACUGCCAGGCCCUUGGCUGCCCUAGAGCACUGCCCCCCAGCCCGGUGCCCCCAGGUCGCUCUCAGUGACCUGCCCCGCGCCCCCUACCCGCACGGGCAUUAUUAACCCGUUAUGGCCUGGGGGGGGAGAGCUCACCCUGAUGCUGCUUGUCCCAUGGCCCCUUUCCCCCCCCGCCAGCCCCUCCACCAUGAUAGCCUCAUCUGCAGGCGCCAGCGGGGUCCUUACACGGUGGGGGUGGGAUUGCAGUGGAAGCCCCCCUCUGUCCUUUGCCCUGCCCUGGGGGCCUGGGCUGGGGUGGUCUCCCUGGCACUCAGCUGGGGCUGCCAGCCCAGGGCUCCGGUUCACAGCUGGUGCUUUGGGGGAUGCGGACAUCCAUCCCCCUCUCCAAGACCCACUACGCUCGUCUCACCCAGGGGCUCUUGGUCCCCAGUGCCCCAGCCCAGCUCCUGUCUGCUCCGGCCCCCUGGGGAUCCUGCCUGCCCCUGCCUGUCUCUCCAGCAUGCUCCCUCCUCCCCAGAGCUGGCUGCAUUUCGGGGGGACCAGGCGUAUAGGGUUCUUUGCAGUGAAAGGGGGGCAUAUUAUGGGAUGCACAAAGCCCUUGGUUCCAUGCAGCUCCCAGGUUCUGUCCCUAU